AUGGUUUCAUCUCAAUCACAGAAUUUUCUUUCUUCUCAAAUAUUAUCUCAAUAUCCAAUCAUUCCUAAUAAUACGAACGAUACGAAUAUCACUGCCAUAAGUUUUCCAUCGACCUUUCAAUACAUUUCCUUUUCAUGGAAUAUUCCAUUUCUCUUCAUCUUUCCGGUUCUUUGUUUGAGAUGUCUCCUUUUGUUGCGAUCCGAACGAAAAACACUCAAUAGAAAUCAAAAGAUGUUAUUCUCAUAUUUAAUUGAGCUUUUUACACCGAAUUUGCAAACGGCUGAAAAAAUCUAUGGAGCAUUGAAAGGAAUUGAUCGGGCUGGAGUAGGAUGGGUUUCAUGUGUUGAAUUUUUCUUAAUUUCGAAUAUUGCCAUGGUCUUUGUUCGUUCCUCAUGGGGAGUUGGAGCUGUAUCACGAAUACGGUAUCAACUCUCUCGAUGUGUGAUCAUUUUCUUUCAAAUCGUGUUAGCCAUACUCACCUUAGCUGUUACUCUCCUAACGAAUAUUCUUGGAGCAUUGACUGCUGCGUUGGGAGAAGCUGCUCCGAUCACUCAUCAAUUAGAAGUUGUGGUAUUUGUGGUUUCAGCUGCUGUAUUUUCCUUUCUUGUCUUCUUUUUGUUUGGAAUUUUGUUUGUCAAUGGUUUGAGAAUUAUGAGAGUACUAAAAGCUGGAGAAUUGAGAGCUCGGAACAUGUCUUCUCAACUCGCCUAUUUCAAAGAUCAUGAUGAAGAGAAUGCACUACCAGCGCAAAAAGAAGAACCACCAGAGUCAACCUCUCAACCAUCUUCUUCAACUCCAAAACGAGAUCAAUUAGCUCAAGACAAGUACAGCAGCGGGGAACAGUUAAAGAUUAUUCAAAUGAAACAACAAGCUCUGAAACGAGUAUUUCAAUUUCUGAUUGGAAUUACAGUUUCAAUGGGUCUUCAAUUUAUUGGAGUUUGUUUCAUACCCUUGUAUUUGAUUAACAAGUAUUUGGGUUUUGUGUUUUAUGUCUUGUACAAUACUUCGAUUUGUUCCAUGGUCAUCAUUUUUGUGAUUAUUCAGAAACGAGUGAGUGAAAUGCAGAAAUUGUUUGAUCAGGACAAGAAGAAGGGAGAAGUGAAAAAUUCAUUGUUGGAGACAAGUAAGGGAGCAGCUGCUAGGGUAACCAAUAAUGAUGAGAGAGGAAAAGAGGUUGUCAAAGAGGAUGCAAGUGUGGUGUAA